AUGCUGCUGGAAAAACGCCUAGGGCAACAGAAUAAUUCCAGUAUGAGGAAUAUUGAAGUUUGUAUUUAUUUCUGCAUUUCAGAUUCAAUAACCCCGCCGAGUUUGCUCGAAGCGAAUCAACGUGAAGAAGAAACGAGACUCGAAAUCGAAAGACUCACCGCCGAAAUUCGCAGUCUCAAGUUGCAGAUACUUCAACUAACAGAAAUCGGAGAUUGCCUGGCCGCGAGACGGCAAGUUGAGUUCGCGGAGAUAACUCAAGGCCUGCCGCUGAACAACGAGUACGAGCUGAUAGCCUUCAGCCACUUCACCUACUCGCGGCUGUAUCCGGUGGACCUGGGGCUGGGAAAGCGCGUGGUGGAAAAGCCGAUCGGGUUCAAGAGAAAAGACCUGCUGGAAGCCCUGGCGAAAGCCGUGGACACGCUUAACAAGAAUGUCUCCUCGAUCGCGGGAAAAUACACCCAAGAAGACUUCCUGGAGGGACUAUACCGCGUGGAGCCGACCACCGGGACCCAGUACGAGAUGUACUUCAGGUCGAAGACGGUGAACAAAAGCUCCCAGGUGACGCAGACCAAUGUAAACUCCGGGUUCACCAAGAUCGUGAUGAUGAGACCCUACGCCCCAAUCCACUUCGUAUCCCUCCAGAGGCAGCCUGCUAGGGACAAGGAGCUCAUCCACAUUAUUCUCCCUCUGUCAGGAAGAACCGGGACCUUCCAGAGCUUCAUGGACAAGUUCGUUAAGAUCGGGCUGAAAAACGACCGCCGGGUCCAUCUGACGGUGGUCUACUUCGGGACAGAAGGGCUCUCCGAGGCAAGGUCCAUUAUGUCGAGGGUGCUCAUGACACGCGGCACCGGAGGUACCAAUCAGAAUUUACGGCUCCUUGCCCUCAAUGAAACUUUCUCGAGGGGAAAAGGCCUCAGAGUCGGCGCUGAGAGGGCCUGGACCGGGGAUAAUGAUGUCUUGCUCUUCAUGUGUGACGUCGAUGUCGUUUUCAGCGCGAGGUUUCUUGACAGGUGUCGGUGGAAUACAGCCCCCGGGCGCAAAGUCUAUUAUCCCAUUGUCUUCAGUCUCUACAAUCCUCACGUUGUCUACACGCUCCAGGGCCGCGAGGUCCCACCCGAGAGAGAUCAACUCGUGAUUUCCAGAGACACCGGCUUCUGGCGAGACUUCGGAUACGGCAUGACCUGCCAGUACAGGUCGGAUUUUCUCAGAGUCCGGGGCUUCGACGAAGACAUCGUCGGCUGGGGCGGCGAAGACGUUACUCUCUAUCGUAAAUACGUCAGGAGCAACAUUAAAGUCGUCAGAGCAACAGAUCCUGGAAUUUUUCACAUAUGGCAUCCCAAGGUUUGCUCAGGAGGCCCGGGCCAAAAACUAUCAACAGACCAGUACCGCGCGUGCAUCAGAUCCCGAGCACUGAACGAGGCCUCCCACGCGCAACUUGGGUUCCUGGCGUUCCGUGACGACAUCGCGAGUCAAGCGAUGAACCUCAAGGGGACUCAAACGAAAAAGAAGAAGAAAAAAGGCCCUGUACAGCCUCAGCCCAAGAAGGACAAAGUCCCGGGUUCCAGACCCAAGGACGACCCCAAGGAGAAGUCACUGAGCCAAGACAAGCCGGCUAACCAGACUUGA